AUGCAUCACUUCUUGUGUCAGGGUGGUAAAAAACCGAUGGAUUUUGAGUUGAUAUUGGACAAUUCAGUUCUCAUUACCGAGUUACUUGACGAGUGUUUGGAUUUUGGGGUUUUGCAAAUCACGGACUACAAGCUACUAGAAGAGUAUAUCAAAGUGGAGCCCAAUUUUCCAACUUUACUCAACGAGAACGAUGCUGAUGACACUGGAGAUGAAGAAGCUGAACGUGACACCACAAGGAAGGAUAAGAAGAAAAAGGGCAAGCCAAAUACUGAAAUAAAGUCUACUCAUAAUCAAUCAAUCAAAACUGAUGUUUUAGAAAGCAACGCACAUAUAAUUAACAGUUCCAUAUUGCGAACGUAUUCACUGGCCAUAAACUGGCGACCGAAAGGUAUCUUUUACGCAAAGAAUGAGAUUUUUGUCGACAUUAUUGAAAACGUCGAAUUCAUCUACGAUCUCAAAACAGAGUCUGUAAAGCGUAAUGAAAUUUAUGGAAGCUGUGUGGUGAAAUCUUAUCUAUCAGGUAUCCCAGUUUGUCGAAUGGGGUUUAAUGAAAACUACAUGUCGUCGAUUGCAAAUGAUGAGGUAACUACUAGUGUUGAUGAGGACCCUUUGCCGGAGAACCAAAUCAAGUUGGUCGAGGAAGGCGAAGAAGGAGAGGGUCUCUUGGAAAAAGAUCCCGAAGAGGAGGAACAGCUAGCAGAAUCAGAAACAACGUCAUUGGAAAAUGUUCAAAACGAAUCUCACUUGGACACUCAAGAUAACUCUUCCCCGAAUCAAACAGAACAUGCGGCCGUCGCGGGGAACAGAACCCCAUUUGAGCAUCGAAUCCCCAUUAGAAAUAUCCAAUUUCACCAAUGCAUUGAGUUAUCAAAAAUAUAUCGCGACAACAUUGUCACCUUCAUCCCACCCGAUGACAAGUUUGAAUUAAUGUCGUAUCAAGUGGAGCAGAGCAAGAACAAAAAGAAGCUACCUCUAAUUUCAAUCAAGCCUGUAUUCAAGGUCAUUCAUGAAGCGAAAAAGUUGUUACUCAUGUGCACAUUGAACACCGCAUUCCCACGAAGGCGACACUGCAAGAGUUUAUUUGUGAGAAUACCAUUGAACCCAUACUAUUUUGAGUUAGAUGUAAUCAACCCAAACUUGAAAUACAAGACUGAAAACGGUGAAGUUUCAUUCAAGUACGACACCAUGGAAAUUAUUUGGAAAAUUGAAAGCAUAGAUGGGAAACAAACGGUGAGAAUGAUGUGUGAGUUGUCGUUGUUGAAUUGUGAACAAAUUACAUUAUCCAAAAUAUCACAUCACUUGUUGCGGAAAAUGGACAAUGGUAAGUCCCAAGGAAUGGCUGGAGAAGAGGACGAGAUUGAUGACGUUCGGCACGAUUUGGAGGCUUUCUAUGGGGUCAACGGGACCUCCGUAACCUCCACCCAAAGGCAAUUACUACAAGAAGUGAAACGAAAGUUCCAAAAUGAUGACAUAGUAUUGACAUUCAAGAUCCCCAUGUUCACCUACUCAGGUUUGAAAUUAUCAUACAUCUCUGUGGAAGAAGAACAGCUACAGUACCCGUGUUUUCCCUGGAUCCGAUAUCUCACGCAAAGUCUGGAUCUCAGCGGUGAACCUGGGCCAUCAGCCAUGGGUCAAAAUUGCACCUACCGGUUCAAGUUGUCAAUGGAUUGUUUUGCCAUUGCUUGA